GCGCAAUUGCUGCUUUCUCCUCAUUGUUUUCGACAGUUUACUGAUCAAUUGCUCUUAUACAGGUUGAUGCUACCAUCAAGGCCAACUCCGGUCACCCGGGUGCCCCCAUGGGUCUUGCUCCCCUCGCACACGUCAUCUACAACAAGUUCAUGACCUUCAACCCCAAGAACCCCAGCUUCUUCAACAGAGACCGAUUCGUUCUCUCCAACGGCCACGGAUGCAUGCUUCUGUACGCCCUCCUCCACCUCUAUGGAUACCCCUUGUCCAUGGAUGACUUGAAGAACUUCAGACAGCUCGGCUCCAAGACCCCCGGUCACCCCGAGGCUGCUGACACCCCCGGUGUCGAGGUCACCACCGGUCCUCUCGGACAGGGUGUUUCCAACGCCGUCGGUCUCGCCAUGGCCCAGGCCCACUUCGCCGCCCGCUUCAACAAGCCCGGCUACGAUCUCUUCACCAACUACACCUAUGCGAUCAUGGGUGACGGUUGCGUGAUGGAGGGUGUUGCCUCCGAGGCUUCGUCUGCCGCUGGUCACUUGCAGCUCGGCAACCUCAUCGUUUUCUACGAUGACAACCAUAUCUCGAUUGACGGUGACACCGCCCAGGCUCUUACCGAGGACGUGCUCAAGAAGUACGAGGCCUACGGCUGGCAGACUCUCUGGGUCAAGGACGGUGACAACGACCUUGCCGGAAUUGCCGCUGCUAUCGAGGAGGCCAAGGCCUGCAAGAACAAGCCCACUCUCAUCAAGGUCACCACCACCAUCGGUUUCGGCUCCAAGCUCCAGGGAACCCACGGUGUCCACGGUAACCCCUUGAAGAAGGACGAUGCCGCUCACGUCAAGGAGCUGUUUGGCUUCAACCCCGAGGAGUCGUUCGUUGUCCCCCAGGAGGUCUACGACCUCUGCGGCAAGCCCGCUGCUGCCGGUGCUGCUGCGGAGGAGGAGUGGAACCAGCUUUUGGAGAAGUACACUGCCGAGUACCCCGAGCUCGCUGCGGAUCUCAAGAACAGAAUUGCUGGCAAGCUUCCCGAGGGAUGGGAGAAGGCCCUCCCCGUGUACACUCCCGCCGACCCCGCUAUUGCGUCGCGUAAGCUCUCCGAGACUGUGCUCAACGCUAUCUGCGAGACCGUUCCCCAGCUCAUUGGUGGAUCUGCCGAUUUGACUGGCUCGAACUUCACUCGCUGGAAGGAGGCCGUCGACUUCCAGCCCCCCUCGACUGGAUUCGGCGACUACGCCGGCCGUUACAUCCGUUAUGGUGUCCGUGAGCACGGUAUGGGUGCGAUGAUGAACGGUCUUGCUGCGUACGGUGGAUUGAUUCCCUUUGGAGGUACUUUCUUGAACUUUGUUUCGUACGCUGCCGGAGCCGUGAGACUGUCUGCUUUGUCUGAGGUCCCCGUUAUCUGGGUUGCUACCCACGACUCGAUCGGUCUCGGUGAGGACGGUCCCACGCAUCAGCCUAUUGAGACUCUUGCGCACUUCCGUGCUACUCCCAACAUCAUGGUGUGGCGCCCUGCUGACGGAAACGAGUGCUCUGCUGCUUACCUUGUGUCGAUGACCUCCAAGCACACUCCCUCGAUCCUCGCUCUUUCCCGCCAGAACCUUCCCCAGUUGGAGGGCUCGACUAUCGAGAAGGCGUCGAAGGGAGGCUACGUCUUGAAGGAGAACGCCGAGGCUGACGUGACUCUUGUCGCUACCGGAUCCGAGGUCGGUCUGUCGCUUGACGCGACCAAGAUCCUCGAGUCCAAGGGCUACAAGACGCGUCUUGUGUCGCUUCCGGACUGGCACACGUUCGACAAGCAGUCGCUCGAGUACAAGCUGUCUGUGUUCCCCGACGGCCACCCGAUCAUGUCUGUCGAGGUGAUGACCACUCUCGGAUGGCAGAAGUACUCGCACGAGCAGUUCGGAAUCAACACUUUCGGCGCGUCGGGCCCGUACUUGCAGGUGUACAAGAAGUUUGGCUUCACGCCCGAGGGCAUUGCCGAGCGCGCGGAGAAGACGAUUGAGGCUUACAAGGGCACGUCGCCGCGCUCGCCGAUCAAGCGGGCGUUCUAAGCGCCAGGACACAUUAGAUGAUCGCUGAGCGACGGUGUGUGCUGAUGAGGAUGCUGUGCUAUGCUAUGCUAUGCUAUAUAAAAAGAGGUUGAUAAUGUUGAAUAUAUUUUACAAUCAUGUGUACUGUAGUGAACUGUAGUUGGGCCGAGAUCAGUAGUAGAAGAGUAGAAGAGUAACAGCUCCGAGCCCUAGCACACUCCAACCCGGCCCCGCCCCUGCCCGGGUCAGUAAAGCAAGCACACAGCCGGGUCGGGUCAACCGAGCAAAGUCCGAUUGGGGUAGCGGGAAAGUCUACUAAAGUUUUGUGUUAUUUAGGAGCCGGAGCCGGGAUCGAGGCCGGGUUCAUUUGAGCGAAAAGAGGUGGGAGAAACGCACAGGUCAGUUGAGCGCAGGCAUCGGCCCGGAGGAGUUGUUGUUUAUAGUAGAAGAUGUUGUUGUUGUUGUUGUUGUAGUAUUUGUAU